AUGAAUACGUAUUGCUCUAAAAAUACGGCUCAGCGUGCUCGAGAAUGCAUGAGGGAAAACCGAUCAAAAAAGCGUACUCAUGAAAUAUCAGAACUAAUGCAAACUGAAGCUCUUUCUGUAAAUGAUUCAAACAUAAUGGACCAUGAUGCUACUGAUAGUAUAUAUAACAAUUCCACUGCAUCAGCUGCCCAUGCAAUAGCUUCGCCACUUGAUGAAUCUUUAAUCGAAAUUGAAUCAAGCUUCAGCGAUGUUAAUGAUGAAGAAGUAGAAGUCGAAAAUGAUACCGAUGAUGAUGAUGAUGAUGACAUCGAUGAAUUUAUUUUUUCGUGUGAUAUGAACAAUCAAACUAAAUUAUUUUCAUCGUCUCCUUUAUCUAUACGUGAAUCUUGUCUUGUUAUUAUCAAAUUAGCUCGUCGUUUGAAUUUGAAUAAGAAUGAUAUCAAAAAUUUGUUGGAUGGUAUUCGGCAUCUUUUCCCAACAGACGUUAAAUUACCACGUACUGUUAAAGGAUUAAUGAAGGUCAUCGGUUUUGACUGUUCAAAACAGGUGGAUUAUUAUUGUUGUCAAUGUUUAUCGCAUUUAAAUACUCCUGAACAACUUACAUGCACUGAUGGAUGUUUAUUUAAUGAUAAAAGGCGUCCCUUUAUGAAUGUCAUUGAGUUAGCAACGAAUAAUGUUAAAGAUGAAAUUUUUUCAACAGCUAAACGAUAUAUAAAUUUAAUAAAUGAGUAUUACAUUCGUUCGAAGGACAUUUUGCCGUGUGAUGUACUAAAUGUCUCCAUAUAUGAACGUUUAGGCAACACAAAUCAAAGACAGCUAACUAUCAUGUUACACACAGAUGGGGCACCUGUGACUAAAAUUGGUGGAAAAUCACUGUGGCCAGUUCAGGCAACAAUUCUUGAAAUACCCCCUCCUGUAAGAGAUCAUAUUAGUGCAGUUAUGGUAUUUGCUGCUUGGUUGGGUGGCAGCCAUCCAAGCAGAGAAUUAUUGUGGAAUAGCAUCGUUGAACAAAUUUAUAAUUUAUAUAACGAUGGAAUAAUAAUAAAAUUACAUGAUAAUACAAAAAUUAAAUUUAAUAUUCGAAUACAACUGAUUACAUUUGAUCUACCUGCACUUGCUCUCAACUGUAACAUAGUUCAAUUCAAUGGUUAUGAUGCUUGCCCAUUCUGUAAAAUCCAUGGCUAUGCAAUUGGAACACAAAUAUUUUAUGCUUAUUCACAAACACCAUCAUCCCACAAGACUGAUCAUGAUUAUAUUCAGUUAUCGAUGCUCAAUAGAGCAAGAUUCAGUUCAAGUGGUAUUAAAGGACCUACUCCUUUAACAAAAAUAAUGUUAUUUCCAAGCCAAAUUGCAGUCGAUUAUAUGCACCUAGUGUGUAGUGGACAUUUUAAAACAUUGAUCACUUACUGGAAUCAUCUACUGUUACCACAUGUAUUAGAUCAAGCAUCAAAUUUUUUACAAUCUAUUACACUACCACACUCGUUUGGAUAUCAGUUUAUGCCUCUAACUCAAUAUACUAAUUGGAAAACGAAAAUGUUUAGGUAA